CAAUGUUCACAGUUCUUCUUGAUACUUGCACUAAAUUCCCUAUAUAUUGAUGUUCCCGGAGCAAAAAACCAAAUCUUGUGCAAUAUUUCGCAAUUCUUUGCUCUGCAACAAUUGGUAUUCCUCACCAACAUACAGGCACCUCCUAACACUUAUUGAUUAUGCAAUCCAGUGACAUCAUAUAACAUCAUAUUUCAUCAUUGUACGAUGUAAAUGUUUUUAUUAGUUGAUUAUCAUCCAACCAAGCAAAAGAAAUUAAAUAUGACGCAAUUUAAUACGAUAAUAAUAUCAUGCAAUAUAGUAGAGAAAGAGAGAAAGAAUUGAUGUUUAGAGGAGAUAAAGAGUUAUAUUCCUUGAUUAUAUUUAUUUGCCUACAGCAGCGCCACUGCGUUUCCCUCAACCACAAUGGUCAGCUAAAAUUAUCAUCAAAGACUCCUCCACCUCCACGUUUAUUACAAGAGAUAUAUCACUUGUAUCAGAAAGCGACGUACUUAUGGAUACAGUUCCCCUGACUACAACAUCUAUUCACUGUUUAUACACGAAUCAACGUCUUGAUUACCGAUUUAUUAGGAGCAGGUAAUCGACAGACACGAUGAAGAAUCUGGAGGAUUUCUUCGCAUCGUCUUGUCACCUAAGUGACAACAAAGCUCAAGUAUCUUUAAAUAGUUCCUUACCACCAGAGGUCGAAGAAGGCAAUAUCGAGUACAAGUUGAAAUUAGUUGAUCCAUCACCUUCAAGGUUUGAACACCUGGUGACGCAAAUGAAAUGGCGGCUUCAAGAAGGAGAAGGAGAGGCUAUAUAUGAGAUAGGUGUAGAAGACAGUGGAAUUUUGGCUGGUUUACCAAAAUUAGAACUUGAAGCUUCUCUUAAUACUUUGAGGAAGAUGGCCAAAAAACUUGGUGCUACUAUUACCAUCUUGAGAGAACGAGCUGUUGAUACAGAUUCCAGAAAAGCUCUACAGAUUCUUGUGCGAAAGGUUCCUGAUGAUCAACAGUUUAUUGACUUACGCCUCGCAGUUCUUGGUAAUGUUGAUGCUGGCAAAAGUACAUUACUUGGAGUCCUAACUCAAGGAGAACUCGACAAUGGUCAAGGACGUGCUCGAUUAAAUUUAUUCAGGCAUUUACAUGAAAUUCAAUCUGGUCGCACUUCAAGCAUCAGUCAUGACAUCCUGGGAUUCAAUAAUAUGGGCCAGGUUGUUAAUUACAAGGAAGCCAGGACAGUUGAAGAAAUCUGUGAAAACUCAACAAAAUUAAUUACUCUGAUUGAUCUUGCUGGACACCAAAAAUAUUUGAAGACAACUAUUUUUGGUUUAACUGGUUAUUGUCCUGACUGUGCAAUGCUUGUGGUCAGUGCAAAUACUGGAAUGGCUGGUACAACCAAAGAACAUUUGGGUUUUGCCCGUGCCCUUGAUGUACCAGUUUUUGUAGUGGUCAGUAAGAUUGAUAUGUGUCCCGAAUCUCUUAUUGAAAAAACCAUUCAACAACUGGAAAAAAUCCUCAAAUCUCCCAGCUGUAACAAAGUACCAUUCCGAGUGAGCAGUGAAGAUGAUGCCAUUACUGCUGCAACUAAUUUUGAUUCUCAAAGCAUAAUACCGAUAUUUUCAGUUUCCAGUGUCACUGGCAAACACUUAGAUUUACUCACCACAUUUUUGAAUGUUGUUCCACCACUACGAAAUUUGAAAGAAAGAGAGAAGUGUGUCCAAGAUAUAACAGAAUUUCAGGUUGAUGAACUCUUCACUGUCCCGGGUGUUGGAACUGUUGUGGGCGGCAAUUUAAAACGUGGCUCUAUCCGGGAAGGUGACUCUCUCAUGCUUGGACCUAUGUCAGAUGGAGAAUUUCAUCAUGUUACUGUGAAAACAGUUCAUCGAAAUCGUCUUCCUUGUCGCUUAAUUCAAGCUGGACAGUCAGCUACUGUGGCUCUGUAUAAUAUUGAACGUGAAUCUCUUCGCAAGGGAAUGGUUUUAGUGAGCCCAGAAUCAUCUCCUUUUGCUUGUAUCGAAUUUGAUGCAAAUAUCUAUGUUUUAUUUCAUGCUAAACACAUAUCGACUGGCUUCCAAACAACAAUACAUGUUGGUAAUGUCAGGCAAACGGUGAAAAUUGUCAGAAUGGAUAAAGAAGCUAUUAAGACGAAUGAAAAAGCUCAAGUGACAUUUCAUCUGAUAAAACAACCAGAAUAUAUUCGAAUAGGUGCUCAACUUCUUUUUCGAGAAGGUCAAACGAAAGGAAUGGGUGAAGUAAUAACUGUUUAUCCAUUCAAUGAGAAAACUCCCCACAGAUGAACAAAAAAAAAAAAAACAAAAAAAACAACUAAUCUAUUAAUUUCUUUCUCCAUGCUUAUUUAUUUCAUAACAAUGCAUAUUGUGAUUAUUGUUUGAAUCUACAGUUGUAAAAAAUUACAAAAAGCAAAACAAAACAAAACAAACAAUCUAUCUGAAAGUUAUUACAUUUAAACUAAUAACUUUCAAAUAUAAGUACUGUUUAUUGAUGCUUGAAACAGGCACGCAUUAUUUAAAAACAAUUUGUCCAUGUUAUAUUAAAUUUUUAUUAUGAAUUUAUUUAAUUACAUUGCAUCAUAUUAUGUAUUUGUCUGAUAAAAUUUUGUAUAUAUAAUUUA